CACCUUUGAACCUUUGCACACCUUUGGACUGACUCAUUGUAAACAUGACAUCCACCGCCUUCCAGCACCACCGCAAAUACCAGUCUACCUGUGGCAAAGGCCCAGCCUGGUGAUCUUUGAUCACUGUAUGUAAGCAGGAAGUGAAGGUAAUACUGUGCAGUAAGCUGUUUGAAGAAGACUCGUUUUCUUCUCUCUGGUGAAGAUCCUGCGGUGCAAUGUCACUAGAGCAAAGCUGACAGGUUUGUAGUGAAGCAUUUCUUUUACAUUUGCUGUCUUGGAACGCCACAAAAGAAAGAAGACUGAAGUUGGAAAAUGUUGGGAAACUCUCGUCCUUUCUCUUACUCACCAAGGGGGUUUUCACCGGAUGAGCUCCCUCAGUCCAGGUGGGCUUUCCAACAAGAUGACUACAGGGGGUCUUCACCUCAGAGCCCUCAGAGAAACUUGUCCAGACCAACAGGCAAAUCCAUAUACAUGCAGAGAAAGGAGUACUCGGAGGUGCUCAACAGGCAACCUGACAACCUUCAGGCCAGAGUGGAGCAUGUGCUUACCUGCGAGCUGGAUGGCCAGCAGCUGAUCACGGUGGAUGACUGCGUGGCCAAGGUCAAGAGGCUGGACGCCAAGGGUCGUCUGUGGCCUCAGGAGAUGAUCAUGGAGGUACAAGGAGGAUACCUGCUGCUCUGUGACACCGAGACCAAAGGAGAGUUAGAGGCUCUACCUCUGAUGAACAUCCAGCAGACCAAAGCUGUGUUGGACAGCUGCUCUUAUGAUGCUCUUCUGAUGGUGACUGCCAGGGAAGCCAGCAAACAUUUCCCACAGGUCUACAUCUUCCAGUGUGAGGAGACUGGGGCUGAGGUCCUCAAGAGUGACCUAGACAAGUUUGUCCAAAGAGGAGGUGGGCAAGUGGAAUCACGCAGAGACCAGACAGUCAUCAGGAGUAAUACUGUCGGGCCUCAAUCUCCUGGAGGUUUCCAGCAGGCUGUACCUCGUGCUGUGCAGAAAGACAGACCCUACCAAUCACCACUACCACCCCCAGAGCGUCCUCUACCACAGUGGACGGACAGAGAACCUGGGAGUUUCCAUCAGGCCGGGCCUCGUGUUGUGCAGCGCGAAAGAAACCUACUACCGCCAGAGCGCCCCCUCCCUCAGUGGACCUACAAAGAACCUGAAGACAUUCCCCCUCCUCGCUUUUACGCCCCCAAAGAGGAACCAAUGUACCAGCGUGAUCUCGGUGACUCCCACAGCAGUCUGGAUGUGUCCGAGCAGACAGAUGCUGACAGGAACACGGACAUUUUAAACCACGUUUUAGAUGACCUGGAGAUCUUCUUGGGGAAAGUGUUAGCUGCCACAAACGUGACUCUCCCACAGCAGGACGACAAGAGCAAAAAGAAAGGCGUGUUUAAGAAGAAAAACACCAAGAGCACAGCCGUCCGUCUGCCUCCUCCCCAGGAAUUUGUCUCUUGUCUUCAGAAAAUAAAGUAUGGAUUCAAUCUGUUGGGCCAGCUGGAUGGCUCGCUGGCCAACACCGGUGCUCCUGACUAUGUCCACAUCUUCUUUAACAGUUUAGCAACUAUUCUGCCUCACUUUCAUGCACACCUACCUCCCACUGUGGUCUCCCCGCUGCUGACGGAUGCGGCCCUGAGGCUGCUCAGGCAGGUGGUCAGCCCGGAGGAGGACCAGCUCUGGAGGUCUCUGGGAGACAGCUGGAACAUCCCCAGGUCUCGAUGGCCUGGCGAUGUCCCACCAUACAUACCGGAGUUCUAUGAUGGCUGGCAGCCACCUGCCCCACCCCACAAGCAUGCCCAUGUCCCACAUCAAAACAACCAAGUGAGCAGGAACAACAGCCAGCGUUACCCACCGGGACGACCCAUCGACCACAUGAAGGAAGGUCGUGACCUCAUGCGAGUCAUGUAUGACAUUGUGGCCCGAAACAACAGGGAGCUCACCGUUAUGAAGGGUGAAGUGGUGGAGGUGCUCUCUCCACAGGUGGUUCAGCGGUCUAAGCAAUGGUGGCUCGUGCGCAAUAAGCGUGGGGAGGAUGGCAACGUUCCUCAGAAUGUCCUGGAGUCCAUCAGGAGUGGCCUGCCAGUGGUGGAUAUGCGACCAUCUCGUGGCCCAGCAUCCCUAAACAUGGCCUCCUCGCCUGCAGAGGUCAGAGCAUGGUUGCAGUACAAAGGCUUUUCCAAAAUCACUGUUGCCAGCCUCGGGGUGUUGACAGGCAGAAUGCUCCUGCAGAUGGGCAAGGACGAGAUGAGAACUGUGUGUCCAGAGGAAGGGGGAAAGGUCUUCUUCCAGCUCCAGGCCAUUAAAUCAACCAUUGCACUGGCCAGUGAACCCUCAGGCCUGUAUGAUGGACGCUACUAAUGACCAGCCUUAAGUUCUUUCCUCUCGAUGUUCAGCCACUCAUCAGCCUUUAAUCUUUUUGUGGAGAAGCCCACUUUUAACAUGAUUUGUUUCACAAAUGCACACAACUAAUUAUGUUUAUUUAUAGAGCAUAACACAGAAUUAAUUCAUGUUAAAUGUGUAAAAUAGUCAAUGCAUGUUAAUAAAGUGUACUUGUUUGAUCUUAAACAUCAAUUGCAAAUACUGUAACUUAUUUCUUAUCUUAUUUUCAGUGAAAAUUUUUUUUCUGCAUUCCUUUAUAUACACACACACUUUUCAUUCUUGGGCAU